AUGGCCACUCGGGAGCUUUUCGUGGUGAUUCUAAACCAUACCAACGAAGAACUCAAUACCGAGCUUGAAUGGCCAACUCUUACACAUGGCCAUUUUAUCAAAGGCCCGGACCUUCCACCACCACAAACAAUUCUUGCUGGCGAGAGCGGUAUGUUGCGUUGCAAAUCAAACCACUUAGGCGGAAAGAUCGAAGGUUCAAUUACGUACCGUAUCGUCGGAUUCGGACCAAGAAACGAAGUGGCAUUUACAUGGAGCCUGCCUUAUGUUGGUGUGAACAAGUUUAGUGCUGCGUCGGCCAUCCCUAACUUCAAGGUGCACGUUCUGGGUGGACAUGGCAAUCAAGCUGUUGUUGUCUUUGUACUAGAACCUAGCCAAAAGACAGAUGGAGGGAUGGAAGAUGGUGGGGUGUUAGCUGCUGCUGCUAAAUAUUCUUUGAAGUGUGCCGAAGAACCUUUGACUGGUAUAAGUCACCAUUAG